AACGUGAAGGAAGCGAAGGAGCCGAGGCAUCGCAAGGACAACAGGCGUCCAGACCUGGAGAUUUACAAGCCUGGCCUCUCCCGGCUGAGCAAACUUGUGCUGCCAAAGCCCGAGGCGUCGGAGAAGGAGAGGAGCAAGGCUGAGGAGGAGAGUGCCAGCGACAAGGGCUCUUUGGGAGGAGGGACUCCAGACAGGGAGGUCUUCAGCAAAGGUGAUGGCCCCAAGCAGAACGGUCCUUCACAAGAGAACGAGGAGAUGGAGACUAAAGGUGGUCUUCAGAGCCAGGAGAACUUGUCCAAGCAGCCCGUUUCCGAUGAGUGGUGUCCCAAAGCCUCCAGGAGAGCCAAGAAGCCAGACCAGCAGAUCUACCAGCCUGGGAAACGCCUGCAUGCGGCUGCUAAAGAACCGUCCCUGCGGGCAGCCACUGAGGAAGUCACCAGUAAGAUGGAGCAGCUGAAAGUCGAGCGAGAUGAAGAGACCGAGAAAGGCCCUGGAAAAGACGGUAACAGGAAACCCAAACUGAGCAAGGAGGAUAGAGAGGGGAGCCAGGCAGGGGAAGGAGCAAAAGCCUUAAGGGGAGAAAAAGGAAGACGAACGGAGCGAAGUGACAGGAUAAGGAGAACAAGCGAGGAGGUGAUGCAGGGGAAGCUGCGCUCUACCAAACGGUACUCCCGCUCUGACAAGCGGCGGAGCCGGUACCGCACCUGCAGCACAAGCUCAGCCGGAAGCAACAACAGCGUAGAUGGAGCCCCGGUUGUGGACGGGGUGGAGAGGCGACAGGAGCGUGCCAGGGAAAGGGUACGUCCUAGAAAGCAGCUCUCGGUGUCCUCCACGGACUCCUUGGAUGAUGACAGAAUCGAUGAGGCAGAAGCAUACAUCUCCAGAAAGAAAACGCGUUCUGAGCGGAGUCGAACUUCUAGGAGCGAGAGUGAGUGGACCAGCAACGGCAGGGAAGUCAAGGGACACUUUCGAGUGACGUUUGACAGCAAGACUAUGAGCAGGGACGUCAGUCUGGCAGACACAGAUAAAAAAAAGCCCCUGAAGGCGUUGGUUAGUUGCAAUGACCCAGAGGCUUCGGAGACGAGGAGCCGGAGCAGAGGGCCCCAAGGGAGGGGCCGUGGGAUUCUGUUCUUGCCUGCCAACACAGACCUCUCUGCCAGCACCGCCGGCUCCCCCGAACCCACUCACCCUGGGCCCAGGCUCCUGCUCGGGGGCACUGGGAUUAAAGGCCCACGAAGCAGGGGGCGAGGCGGCACUGCUCGCAGGCUGUGGGACCCAAACAACCCGGACCAAAAACCCGCCCUGAAGAGCCAGACCGCUCAGCUUCACUUCCUAGACACGGACGAUGAAGUGAGCCCCACCUCCUGGGGGGAAGCCCGCCAGGCCCAGACAUCCUACUAUAAGUUCCAAAACUCUGAUAAUCCCUACUAUUACCCUCGGGCCUCUGGUCAAGGCCCCCAGUAUCCUUACGGGGGGUACUCCCUGCAGUAUCCCAUGGGUCCAAGCAACGGUGUGUACCCAGGAGCCUAUUACCCUGGGUACCCCGGCCAGGCGGGGCAGUACCUGUGUGGCCCACUGCCCCCGACUCCUCUGAGUCCUGAAAUGGAGCAGCAGAUGCGGAACAUGCAGCAGCAGGAGCUCAGCAAACUCCUCCGUGAAGCUGGGAACCAGGAGCAGCAGCUGAGCAAUCUGCUUUCCAGAGACCGCAUCAGCCCGGAGGGGCUGGAGAAGAUGGCCCAGCUGAGGGUGGAGAUGCUCCAGCUGUAUGAGCGGUGCAUCCUGAUGGAUAUCGAGUUCUCCGAUACCCAGAACGUGGACCAACUGCUGUGGAAGAACGCGUUUUACCAGGUGAUUGAGAAAUUCCGCCAGCUUCUCAAGGACCCUCAAGGCGAAAAUGCCCAAGAAAUUCGGAACAAACUGCUCCAGCUUCUAGACGAGGGCACCUCUUUUUUUGAUGGCCUGCUCCAGAAGCUGCAGGUGUCGUACCAGUUCAAGCUGGAGGACUACAUGGACGGGAUGGCCAUCCGCAGUAAACCGCUGAGGAAAAUGGUGAAGUACGCGCUGAUCAGUGCCCAGAGGUGUAUGAUUUGUCAAGGGGACAUUUGCCGAUACAGGGAACAAGCGAACGACACCGCAAACUACGGGAAGGCACGCAGCUGGUACCUGAAGGCUCAGCAAAUUGCUCCCAAAAACGGCCGCCCGUACAACCAGCUGGCGCUUCUGGCCAUCUACACGAGGAGAAAGCUGGAUGCUGUCUACUACUACAUGCGCAGCCUGGCUGCCAGCAACCCCAUCCUCACAGCCAAGGAGAGCCUCAUGAGCCUGUUUGAGGAGACAAAACGCAAGGCUGAGCAGAUGGAGCAGAGGAAACAUCAGGUGCUGGAUGUGAGCCCCAGCCGCUGGGGGAAGGGCAAGAAGUCCACGUUGCGACAAGUCGGAGAUGAUGCCACGCGGUUGGAGAUCUGGAUCCAUCCCUCCCACCCCCGCUCCUCCCAGGGCCACGAGUCCGGCAGGGAUUCUGAGCAGGACAACGGUCUUGGGAACCUCAGCCCCAGCGACCUGAACAAAAGGUUCAUCCUCAGUUUUCUCCAUGCCCAUGGGAAGCUGUUUACCAGGAUUGGGAUGGAGACUUUCCCUGCGGUGGCCGAGGAAGUGCUGAGGGAGUUCCAGGUCCUGCUGCAGCACAGCCCCCCUCCCAUCGGAAGCACCCGCAUGCUCCAGCUCGUGGCCAUCAACAUGUUUGCAGUGUACAACUCCCAGCCCAAAGGUACCACGUGCUGCGUCAGGGAAGCCGGGCUGGGGAUCCGUGUGGCCGAGGUGCUCGUGGAGAAGUGGGGGAGGACGGGGCUUGCUAGCUGA